AUGAAGCGUGCAUCCUGCUGCAGUCCGAGCACUGAAGCUAGCACGGCACAAGAUCUAGAAACCAGCUUGCGCAGUAAGCGCAGCAGAUGCAGCCGUUUCUUUCAUUCAAGUUUUGCAGAAGAGGAAGAUGAUCACUUCUCCAAGUACGGGUUCUCCGUGUUUGUGGAGAACCAAGAUGAUCCCGUGGUGGUACCGGUGAGUGUGGACGAAGCUGCUCGUGAGAGUGACAAAGCAGAAGAGAAACACGGCAAGGACAGCCGCAGCGGUGCGGUGAAAAGCGCGUCCUCGUCAGUGGCAACCCUCGACGAUGGCUCUGUCUAUGUGGACCACAAAGGCAUGGAUCAGGGUGCCCGCUCGUCGUUGUCGCGACGUCAAAAGGACAAGGAUAUUCCGCGUUUUAUAUUUGUACCGGUUUUGUCGAGGACCAAUGACACCGCCGACACUACUAGAGCAAUCCCGCAGAAGCACACCCCGAAUCCGAAGAAGGGCUCUACUCGUAGUCAGCAUCAGACCAAGGCAGCACCCAAUGUGCCAUGCACGCCGGAUGCUGCCCCAAUACAAGAAACGAUCAUAGUCGGACCGUCCUUGGCGGUUUUGAAGGCCUGGAAGAAGCAAGAAAAGGCAAAGCGGCCGUAUUGGUUCCAACGACUCUUUUUGCCGUCUCCAAAGCCGACUCACUGUUCGCAACUCAAAGUGUUCCCUCUACGGGGAAGGAAGAAGACUGAACCUAGAGUAGGCAACAGACCCAAGCAACGCAGCAUAGUGCCGUUGGUCGAUGAAUCGUCGACCACGUUCAACGCCGCCCGCAAAACCAUCAUCGAAUGCUGA